ACUAUCCUGCCUGCUGCUUGCUGCACCAUGAAGUCUGCCAAGCUGGGAUUUCUUCUAGGGCUCUUCAUCUUCUGCUCACUGAAUACCCUAUUACUGGGUGGUAUUGAUAACAUUGUUGAGAAGAUAUGUGGAGACCUCAAAGAUCCCUGCAAAUUGGAAAUGAAGGCUGGAAGCUGCUAUGAAGUUCACUUUAGAUUUUUCUACAACAGAACCUCCAAACGAUGUGAAAGUUUUGUCUUCUCUGGCUGUAACGGCAACCUUAACAACUUCAAGCUUAAAUUAGAAUGUGAACUAGCCUGUGUUGGAACAGUCAAACCACAGAGUUGAGAAGAUGUGAACUCAUGAAGUUGUCUGAUACACCAUCCAAAAUAAAGAUGCAAGAAAAUUCAG